AUGUCAGUCCCGCUUCCAUCCCCCUCACCUCUCGCCUCAGCUUCUGUCGAACCUGCUCCUUCUCGAUCCCGCCCAAGACCUAUCAAUACCUCUGAUGACCCGUCUUCUGUGCUCGACGGUUCACCUCGCGAUCGUAGACCGGCAAGCGGCAUGCUAGGCAGAUCUCCAAGCUCGCCCAGUGGCUCGCCUAGAUCCAGCUCCGUACGUCGACAAGGCCCUACUCGAUCCAUCGGAUUCAGUACGAGUGUCUCUGGUACGGAUGAGAAUUGGCGAGAGCGAACAGGGACAACUCCGUCCAAGUCAGCUGUUAGGACCGUCGGCGGAUUCGACAAGUCAAACAAAGGUAACAACAACGGUGGUGCCAAUGGCGUUUCGGUGUCUCCUGUGAAAGAUAAAGAGAGUGCGUUGAAUGGUGAGAAAGGCGAGAAGGGCCUCAGCCAUGUCCCCUGUCGAUUCUUCAAGGCGGGAGCAUGUACCGCUGGAUCCAACUGUCCGUUCUCCCAUGAAGACGGCGCGAAGAAGGAAAUCUGUCAAUGGUUCCUGAAAGGGAACUGCAAAUUCGGUCACAAAUGUGCUCUAGCUCACGUUCGACCCGGUGAGCCCAUGUCGAUGGACCGUAAGAACAAGAAAGCAGCACAACUUGAAGCGCGAGAACGCGAAGGCAAAGGGCAUGGCGAUCUGCGAUCACCAGUAAAGUCGAGUCCGGCCGCCGUCGGCCAUGCUGGAUCUACGGAACAAGCCAGUCCCGUGCCCAUCAAAUCGGCCCUCUCGUCCUCUAUCCAGUCACCACCAGCUCAUCGACUGCCUUCGUCUCCACUCCGAGACCCAUUCGGUCCCCCUCCACCUGCCGGAGCUGGAUCGGCUUCACCUGGAUUUGCGAGAUCGCCAGCCGCUGCAUCUGCAUUCGCUUCAUCGCCUUCUCGUCCUUCUCCAUUAUCUGCUUCAGUGUCUGCUCGACCUUCGGGCUCUGGACCUCUCAGUCUCAAAGGCAGUAUGCACUCGCCAUUGAGACCUCCAUCUACUGCUUUCUCCUCCUCCUUCUCCCACUCUGCGAUGAAGGAUCGCCGGACGGGGAAUAGCCCUCUUCCGCCACUCUCGGCCUCCUUCGCGGAUGGAACUCGAAAGAACAUCUGGGCUCGAUCUGAGACGCCAAACGAUCGGCCGGAAGUGCUCUCACCUCGUCGGAUGAUCGAUCAUCGACCCAGACGAUCACAGGAUGACGUCUUUGCGGACGAUCAGGAUGACGACGACGAAGAUGGAGAUGACCUUGCUUUCGCUGUCCCUGAUUCCCUUGCGGAACUUUUGACGCCCCGCGAACGAGCAAGGCGAAUGUCAAGGAGGGACAGUCAGGAUUCGUUCUCCGCCUCUCCAUCCCGCGGAGCCUUCAUUCAAAAACCUCUCUGGUCAGGAUCUGGUGCAGAACGCUUGGCUCAAUCUGCUGGUCCGACCAUGGGUCCGGGAUACCUUCAAGGCCUAUGGUCCGCAGAAGGUGGCGAUGCCAGAAAGGUUGCUUCUCCUCACAAGGACAGUACCGGUAGUGGAGACUUCACGUUUGGUCCCAAUACGGCUGUUCCCCCGGCGUCUCGUCAACAGUCUUUGUUAACACAACAGAGGUCUCCGAAAUCUUCACAGGAAGGUUUCAGCCCGACUGGUCAAUACCCAAGUCAGAGAUCGGACCUAGACGCCAACGCAGCUCCGUUUCUUAUCAGAACGCUCGGUGAUCCUUCUUCCCCGUCUGCCAGAGCGUUGCAAGAGCAUGCCCCUGGUCAAAGUCUCCCUGGAGGUUUAGCAAAUGCCUUGUCAAGGAUCCAUCUUCAGGGUAACAACACAAAUGUCAAAACGAGUGGAUUGGCACUAGCCUCAUUGCACGGCGAUAUCGAUGAUUUGGACCAACUGGAUGCUCAGCCCGUCAUGUCGAGAAAGAAGGAAGACCAUGUGGAUGAAGGUGUAUUUGCCAUGGAGGGAUAG